AUGAGGGACUAUGUGCUACCUACUGUAACGGGGGCACAGUCGUGCAUUAGACCUCCAACGGUUGAGGCUAAUAAUUUUGAAAUUCAGCCUGCUAUUUUGCAAAUGGUACAAUCAUCAGUUCAGUUUGGGGGAUUGCCAACGGAAGACCCAAACUUACAUUUGGCUAAUUUCCUAGAGCUCUGCGCCACAUUCAAGAUGAACGGUGUGACAAACGAUGCAGUGAGGUUGAGACUAUUCCCGUUUUCAUUGCGGGACCGAGCAAAGAGUUGGCUUAUUUCUCUGGAAACCAAUUCUAUCACAACAUGGGAGGAGCUAACUCAAAAAAAUUUAGCAAAAUUUUUCCCACCAUCGCUGUCUGCAAGGUAUAGAGGUGAAAUCAACAAUUUUCACCAAAAAGAGGGUGAAUCAUUGUAUGAUGCAUGGGAGAGGUUUAAGGAGCUGUUGAGAAAAUGUCCCCAUCAUGGAAUCGAAAAAUGGAUGCUAGUUCAUAUUUUUUACAAUGGUUUGUGUGGUACUACUCGCACAAUCAUAGAUGCAGCGUCUGAAGGAGCGUUCACGAGUAAGAGCGCUAAUGAAGCUUAUGAUCUAUUGGAGGAAAUGGCCAUGAAUAACUAUCAAUGGCCAUCAGAAAGAGAAACCAAUAAGAAGGUGGCUGGAGUGCAUGAAUUGGAUGCCAUUUCAAUGUUGUCUGCUCAAGUGGCAACAUUAACUAAACAGUUACAGCAGAAUAACAUUCAUGCUCAGGCUCCCGUGAUGAAAAUGCAGAUUAUUUGUGAGUUAUGUGGGGGACCUCAUUUAUUGGAACAAUGCACAAAUAGGGAUUUUAACAAUAUGCCUAUGGAGCAAGUGCAAGCAAUAAGGAACUUCCCAAGGCCUUCCAACAACCCAUACUCCAUGAGUUACAAUCCGGGGUGGCGGAAUCACCCAAACUUUUCGUGGACAACUGGGCAGGGCUGUCAGCAACAGUUUCAACAGAAUCAACCACAGUAUCCUCGACCUCCUCCUGGGUUUUAUCAGCAGCAACCAGUAAGACCUGCACAGCAACAGAUGCAAGCAAAGCAAGACGGUCAGGCUGAUGUGUUAACUCAAUUUAUGACUGAAACGAGAUCAUCAAUUCGAAGCUUGGAAACUCAGAUUGGACAGUUGGCUACGCUUAUGGAAAACCGAGCUCAAGGGAACUUGCCAAGCACUACUGAGGUGAAUCCAAAGGGGAAUUCUAACGAACAGUGUCAGGCGAUUACUUUGAGGAGUGGAACAGUAUAUGAGGGAACAAGUGUGGAAAAGAGAAUAGAGCAGAAGCAAGAUCAACAGGCACCCAAUGUUGAGGACAAGAAGACUUGUGAAGAGAAGGUUAAAGAGAUUCCACCAGCAAGAGAAGUGGUACCUCCGGUGUCUAUAGAUCAUCACAGAAAAAUUCCAUAUCCACAGAGACUCCAAAAGAACCGUCUUGACAAACAGUUUGCAAAGUUCUUAGAGGUAUUCAAGAGGCUGCAUAUCAACAUACCCUUUGCGGAAGCAUUAGAACAGAUGCCCAGUUACGUUAAAUUUAUGAAAGAUAUUUUAUCAAAGAAGAGAAGGAUGGAGGAUUACGAAACUGUGGCAUUGACCGAAGAGUGCAGUGCUAUUUUGCAAAGGAAGCUUCCACAGAAGUUGAGAGAUCCUGGAAGUUUCACAAUCCCAUGCACAAUUGGUAACUUUGAGUGUAAACAUGCACUAUGUGAUUUGGGAGCCAGAAUAAAUCUCAUGCCUCUAUCAGUAUUCAAAAGACUUGGUUUGGGUGAGGCAAAGCCAACAACUGUUACACUACAGUUGGUCGAUAGAUCACUGGCUCAUCCGAGGGGGAUUAUUGAAGAUGUGCUAGUAAAGGUCGAAAAAUUCAUUUUCCCUGCAGAUUUUAUUGUGCUGGACAUGGAGGAGGAUGCAAAUGUCCCAAUUAUUCUUGGACGACCGUUCCUAGCAACAGGACAAGCUCUCAUAGAUGUGCAAAAGGGAGAGCUGAAACUCAGAGUCGAGGGGGACGAGGUGGUGUUUAGUGUCUUCAAGGCAAUGACAUAUCAGAUGGCUAGUGACAGUUGCUACAGUGUGGAUGUGAUAGAUAAAGCAGUUUUGGAAAGACGGGUCAGUAGUGAUGCUUUAGAGGCAGUGUUGACUGGUGGGAAGGAGGAUGAAGAAGAUGACGAGAUUAAAGAAUAUGUAAAGUGGAUUAACUCUUACCACCCGUAUUUGAAGAAGUUUGAAGAGUUGGCAGAGGCCACCGAUCGACCAUUAACAUCCAUUCAACAGCCACCGAAAUUGGAAUUAAAGGCUCUUCCUGAGCAUUUGUGUUAUGCGUACUUAGGGGAGAAUGAGACCUUGCCAGUAAUUGUUUCAGCUGAUCUCUCAAAAACUGAAUUGGAGAAAUUGUUGAGGGUGGUGCCAAAGAAAGGUGGAAUAAUAGUAGUUAAGAAUGAAAAUAACGAGUUAAUCCCAACUCGAACUGUGACCGGGUGGCGCAUUUGCAUCGACUAUCGCAAGUUAAAUAAGGCUACACGAAAGGAUCACUUCCCACUUCCUUUUGUUGACCAGAUGUUGGAUAGGUUAUCAUCAAAUUUCCAUCGUACUAGAGGACCAGGAGAAAACGACAUUUACAUGUCCCUAUGGCACGUUCGCUUUCAGGAGAAUGCCAUUCGGACUAUGUAA